UCCCAGAGGGAAGACGGUGAGCCGGAGGAGUCAGUCAGAGGGGCGAGCGGGAGCGGCCCCGCCGACAAACAGGCCAUGAGAGCCCAGUGACCGCUGCUGACACGGAAGCUUGCUGGCACUUUAUUAAUGAUGGAUCCUGGGAAGAAGCCGGGGAGCGAUGAGGGUGACCGUGUAAACGAGGAGGCAAAACACCCGAGCCACAGCGCAUCCUACGGCGUGGACCGUGGGCCUGUAUCUGAUGAGACAGCAGACUCCGCUGAGAAUCCCACAAACAAAAGGGGUUUUGCAGAGUCCUCGGACUUGGACCACACUGUCGAGGAGGACGAUGGAAAUAAACGCGCUUCCAAGCGAAUAAAACUAGCGGAGGCUGAGCCCUUGUGGCCGGGAGAGCCGGGCACCCAUGGGUCGGGGAGCCCUGAAGGCGCAGGCCCGGGAGUGGGUGUCGCGUUGCCGGGGACCGGGGCGGCGCCCCUCCUGAGUGCCUGUGACGGCGGCCCGGGUCUUCCCGGCCACUCGAGCCCAGGGGAAACGGCCGCUGAGAAGGAGCCUGCUCAGGAGACCACGGAGUUCCUCAAUCUUGGAGGGGAGUCGCCCUCGCCCCCCAAAGAGAUGCGCGGGAGCGGUGCCCUCGGGGGCCCGGGCGUGGUGCUGCAGGGCGGCCCACGUGCCCACUCUCCCACCUCCUGCCUGCACGCGGAGAAGCACGCUGCACGCCCCUCGCCGCGGCCCGAGGACCAGGCCUGCGGCCCCACGGCCGACAGCGGGCUGGCCUUCCCUGGGCACGCCGGGCAGGCGCGUGGCCCGCCAAAGGCCUUCUCCUGUGAGCUCUGUGGCUUUCAGUGCGCCGAGGAGAACCUGCUGAACGCACACUGUCUCGGCAAAACGCAUCUCCGGCGGCAGAACCUCGCUGCCCGCGGAGGGUUUGUACAGAUCUUAACCAAACAGCCUUUGCCCAAGAAGCCGAGUCCCGUGGGGGUGAAGGCUGGCCGCACAAAGCCGAGAGCAUCUAGGCCGGUAGCCAGGAACAGCGACUCAAAAGUGUUGCGGAGCGUUGGAGCGGGCACAUUCAGAGAUUUCAGAGGAAGCUUUUCUAAACAGAGCGGGCGCGGCAGCGAGCUCCUGGUUGAAAUGAGGCCGUCCAGGAACACCUCUCCAGAGAAAAUGGAGGUCGUUGAAGAAAACGUAACCUCCCGCGAUGCAGCCGAGAAUCCUGAGAACCAGAGCAGAAAGCUGAGCGUGGUCGUCACCUCUGAGGGGCUCCUAGAUAGGCUGGAGUCCGGCAGAAACAUGGCCCAGGCAGCCCCCAUCCUCAGCACAGUCUCAAGACCCAGGGCUGAGCGCGGCUUCCUUGUGCUGGGCAGCGGCUUCCGACGGCGCGCCGGUGCUUUCGCUUUGAAGGGGCAGGCGAAGAAGAGGUGCGCGCUUCUGGGAGUUAGUAAAAGGGGCACUAACGAAGUGCAGAAGCUGUAUUCGAAGCACUUGAGGGCACCGAUGAAAAUGAGCGACGUGGAGUCCGCGUCUCUGCACGGGGACCCGCGCCUGACGCCCCUGGAGACCCAGGCCCCGAAGCAGGACAGGGCAAACGCGCAUCUCCCCGGCUCCUCGGACUCUCCAGCGGGGAGGCCAGCUCCCAACCACCAGGUGGCGUGCGCUUGUUCGACCUGUGGUCACACAGCCACAAGCAGGGCGGAGCUGGAGAUCCACGUGACAAGGUGCCACGCGGGUGAGUUGCGGUUUCACUGCCAGACGUGUGGCUUCUCCAGCGCAUCCAAGAGGGACGUGGAGGAGCACACACACAGCCACCAGCAUCAGCAGACCGCCUCCGGCCUGCGUUGUCAAUGUUGUUCGUUUACUUCCCCGAACGAGGUGGAACUGAGAGACCACAUGAAGGAGAAGCACAGUAUGGGUUUCCUCUGCCCGCCCUGUCAUCUGUUCUUCUCCUCCGAGAAAGACGUGGAGGAACACAGAGCAACUGAGAAGCACAUUCACUUGUUGGGUCAAACAAAGAGUUCUCAGUCAUUUAAUGGUGAUUCAGCUUUACAGACGUUCCCCUUAAGUACUUUAGAAUCAGAAAACGCAAAAGUUGCUGUGAGUGAGGCCGGAAAAGCAGCUCAGGAAGAGCCAGCUAAGUCCAGGGUAAGCCACGGAAAUGAAGUGAGGCAUUCGAGUAAGCCUCAGUUUCAGUGCAAGAAGUGUUUUUACAAAACAAGAUCUUCCACUGUUCUCACGAGACACAUAAAGCUCCGCCACGGUCAAGACUAUCACUUUCUUUGUAAAGCAUGUAAUCUUUAUUCCCUGAGCAAAGAAGGAAUGGAGAAACACAUCAAGAGAAGCAAGCAUCUUGAAAAUGCUAAGAAAAAUAACAUUGGCCUAAGCUUUGAGGAAUGUAUUGAAAGGGUCUGCAUAGGUGCCAAUGACAAGAAAGAAGAGCUCACCAUCCCCGGGAAUGGGAGGACAGAAGGCCACGGAGAGGGUGUGCAGUUCCAGGAGCAGUCCUGUCUCGCCCAGAGCAUCCUGCCUGCCCAGGAGCUGUCACUGUCCAGUGUCAUUACCAAAGAGGGUGAAUUAGCUCCACCCCCGGUUCCAAAGAGGGGGCGACCUAAAGGCAACAUCUCUCGGACCUGUUCACAUUGUGGUCUCCUGGCCUCCAGUAUCACGAACUUGACUGUGCACAUUCGACGAAAACACAGUCACCAGUACAGUUAUUUAUGCAAAGUCUGUAAGUAUUACACCGUAACCAAGGGAGACAUGGAGCGUCAUUGUGCCACCAAGAAGCAUAAAGGACGUGUAGAAAUUGAAGCGAGUGGAAAACAAAGUUCAGAUAUCAUUGUUGGUCCUGAAGGCGGUAACCUUGACGGCAGUAGGAAGAACACCAGCGUGGCAGUUUCAGAUGAACCUGCCAACCCUCCAGUGGAAGCAGACACCUCCGUUUCAGAACAGCCACCACUCGAGCAGGGGAAUCCAGUGGAAGUGGAAGUUGAGAACGUGUUUCACCCUGAAGAUGGGGAGACUGGUAGUCACCUUACUGAGAAAAAGGAGCAAACCUCUGUGGAUCCAGAGGACCUUCAGGGUGACACGUGCCCCCAGAAAGACGACGCGAGCACAGAUGAGAACAGAUGUACGCACUGUGAGUUUAAGGCACACUCUUCCACCUCUCUGGAGCUGCACAUAAAACGGAAACAUACGAGAGAGUUUGCCUUUUAUUGCAUGGCAUGUGAUUACUAUGCUGUGACUCGACGGGAGAUGACCAGGCAUGCGGCAACAGAAAAACACAAGAUGAAAAGGCAGUCUUACCUGAACUCUACUAACGUAGAAGCCAGUUCUUCAGAAAUGUCCAAACCCAUCAUUAUUCCCCAAGGGCAGCAGCAACAGAAUUCUGAGGAAUUUCAGAUUAUUUCAGAGCAACCCUCUGAAACUCUCAAAUCUAGAAAUGCUGCCGAUCGCUCUAUUUUGGAUGAGAACACCAAUUUAGACAUGUCCAAGGUGUUCUGUGCUUCUGACUCUGUAGAGACCGAGACGGAGGAAGAGUCUAACCUCAGUGAAGAUCAUUCCUUUUGUGAAACUUUCCAGCAGCCCCUUGACAAGGACAAAGUUAUAAAACUGGAGGAGAUGGUACCCCUUAGUAUUCCUUCUAAUUGUGGCUCCCCAAGCAAAUUUCAGAAUGCAAGCUCAGGAAGCUCAGCUUUGAAUCAUGAGACAGCAAAGAAAAGGCACAGUGUGUUGAAUGACAUCAGUAGUCCAAACACACAUGGCGAGAGUGAUGGAGGAAACGCAGAAGACAAAGCUGAUAAAGUUCUUGGUAAACGUGGGUGUCCCAGAGCUGUAGAUGGAGAGCAUCCAGCCAAGAGUGCCAUACUGAGAGCUCCCGGAGAACCGCUCAACCUGGGGAGCAUUGUUCAGGACAGAGCUGGAAGCAUGCAGAGUUCAGGGGACUUGAAAGACGUUCCAGAAGAUCCCCUUCUGGAGAGUAAGGAGGUGCUGAUGAAUUCCCGACAUGAAACCAAAGUGAUUUUGGAAGAGGAUGGUCCAGCUUCUGACAGCACCAUUGACAACAAUGAUGUUUAUGAAACUGUAAUCAGUAUUGAUGAUAAAGGGCAGGCUGUGUACAGUUUCGGCCGAUUUGAUUCUUCCAUAAUAAGGAUCAAGAACCCUGAAGAUGGGGAACUCUUCGACCAGUCUCAAGAGGGGCUUGUGGCAGCCGGAGUGAGGAUGAGUGAGCUGCCCUUGAAGGAUUGUGCUCAAGGUGUGAAAAAGAAGAAAGCGGACAGUAGUUCCUUUGCGGAGUCCACCCGGAUUCGCUGUGACGACUGCGGCUUCUUGGCGGACGGUCUGAGCGGCCUGAACGUGCACAUAGCCAUGAAGCACCCGACGAAGGAGAAGCACUUCCACUGUCUGCUGUGCGGCAAGUCCUUCUACACGGAGAGCAACCUCCACCAGCACCUGGCCAGCGCCGGGCACAUGCGGAACGAGCAGGCCAGUGUGGAGGAGCUGCCCGAGGGCGGCGCCACCUUCAAGUGCGUGAAGUGCACGGAGCCCUUUGACUCCGAGCAGAGUUUGUUCCUGCACAUCAAAGGGCAGCACGAGGAGCUGCUCCGAGAGGUGAACAAGUACAUCGUGGAGGACACUGAGCAGAUCAACCGCGAGAGGGAGGAGAACCAGGGCAACGUGUGCAAGUACUGCGGGAAGAUGUGUCGAAGCAGCAACUCGAUGGCGUUCCUGGCGCACAUUCGCACGCACACAGGAUCAAAACCAUUCAAGUGCAAGAUAUGCCAUUUUGCAACAGCUCAGCUUGGCGAUGCCAGAAACCAUGUCAAAAGGCACCUUGGGAUGAGGGAAUACAAGUGUCACGUCUGUGGGGUUGCAUUUGUUAUGAAGAAACACUUAAAUACUCAUCUGUUAGGCAAACAUGGAGUUGGCACACCAAAAGAAAGGAAGUUCACGUGCCACUUGUGCGACAGAAGUUUCACAGAGAAAUGGGCCCUCAACAACCACAUGAAACUGCACACGGGGGAGAAGCCGUUCAAGUGUACCUGGCCUACCUGCCACUACUCCUUCCUCACGGCGUCCGCCAUGAAAGACCACUACAGGACGCACACAGGCGAGAAGUCGUUCCUGUGUGACCUCUGUGGCUUUGCGGGCGGGACCCGGCACGCCCUCACCAAGCAUCGCCGGCAGCACACAGGAGAAAAACCUUUCAAAUGUGACGAGUGUAACUUUGCUUCCACGACCCAGUCUCACCUGACACGGCACAAGCGGGUACACACAGGAGAGAAACCCUACAGAUGCCCCUGGUGCGAUUACAGGUCAAACUGUGCUGAAAACAUCCGCAAACACAUUCUCCACACAGGCAAACACGAAGGUGUCAAGAUGUACAACUGCCCCAAGUGUGACUAUGGCACCAAUAUCCCCGUGGAGUUCCGGAACCACCUGAAAGAACAGCAUCCGGACAUCGAGAACCCCGACCUGGCCUACCUGCACGCAGGCAUUGUGUCCAAGUCCUAUGAAUGCCGCCUGAAGGGCCAGGGAGCCACCUUCGUGGAGACAGACAGCCCCUUCACAGCGGCGGCGCUAGCAGAGGAGUCUCCGGUAAAGGACAGGCCACUUCGGAGCAGCAGGAGGCCAGUGGCUCCGCCGGAGCCAGUCCAGCAGGUCAUCAUCAUCCAGGGCUACGAGGGCGAGUUCGCCCUGGACGCCUCCGUGGAGGAGACGGCUGCGGCCACGCUGCAGACGCUGGCCCUGGCCGGCCAGGUGGCCCGCGUGGUGCACAUCACCGAGGACGGCCAGGUCAUCGCCGCGGGGCAAAGCGGGGCGCAUGGGGGCGGCGGGGCUCCCAGCCUGGGCCUGCCGGAGCCGUUGGCCGACGGAGCCACGCAGGUGGUGGUCGUGGGCGGCUCAAUGGAAGGGCAUGGCGUGGACGAGCCCCUCAGCCCCAGUGGGGCCGUCAUUCAGCAGGUGACCAAGCAGGAGAUUCUAGACCUGGAUGAGGCCGGCGUCACCCCGCCCGACGCGGCCUCGGCCUUGGACGCCCUGCUGUGCGCGGUCACCGAGCUGGGAGGGGCGGAGGGCCCGGCGGCGGCAGAGGAGAAGGGCAGGGCCGGGGCCAGGGACGUGCUGGUGCAGCUGCCGGGGCAGGAGGCAGCCACUCCCGCUGCCCCGGAGAUCCACGUGUUUCACGACGGGCCGGAAGGCGCGGCCGCCGCGGAGCCGGUGGAGGUGCUGACCCAGCUGGUGCGGCCGGCCGCCGUAAUCGCAUCACAGGAGCGCACGCAGGUGGCCUUCAAGAAGGUGGUGCAGGGCAUGCUGCAGUUCGCCGUGUGCGACUCGGCCGCGGCCGGCCAGCUGAUGAAGGACGGCGUCACGCAGGUCAUCGUCAACGAAGAGGGCACGGUGCACAUGCUGGCCCGCGAGGGCUCCCAGAUCAUCAUGCAGGAGGCCGAGGCGCGCGGGCCGCACGUGGACCUGGCCGAGGCGGACGGCGAGAUCUCGCAGAUCAUCGUCACCGAGGAGCUGGUGCAGGCCAUGGUCCAGGAGUCCGGCGGCGGCUUUCCCGAGGGCGCCACACACUACAUCGUGACCGAGCUGCCGCCCGGCGUGCAGGACGAGCCAGCCGUGUUCUCGCACACCAUCAUUGAGGCAGCCGGCUCCCAGGAGCUCCUGCAGGCGGGGGCCGUGGUCCCCAGUGGAGCCGAACAGCUGACGAGCAUGGUCAUCUACACCCAGGAGGGCUCCCCAGCCGCCGCGGUCAUCCAGAGCCAAAGAGACAGCAGCGAAGUCCACGAAGCCUGAGGCCGGGGCCCAGCCGCCCGGCGCUGGGCUGAGAGACCAGCACGUGAGGCUGUGUGCCCUGCACCCGCCAGCGAAGCGCGCGUCUGAGGGGCCACGGAUGGGCCCGCGUCGGCCGCGUGCACGGGGCGCCGGGGACGCGCACGCAGGAGCGCAGCCUGCAGCGGGGCGGGGCUGCCCGAGGCGAGUCUGGUUUCCGGUUGGUUCUUCUGUUGUUGCUCUUCCCUCUGUUCUACCCAUUGUGCCCAGAAGUUAAGUUGUUUUCUGUUUUGUUCCCACAGUGUCUUCCCGUUUCAGUUGAGAGAGGACUGUGCCCUAGCCAUGGAACAGUGGCUUCAGACACGGCUGCCCUUGCAGUCCAGCAUGUCCCCAUUGUAACAAUUUAUUACAUGUUUGGUUAAAAAUUGCAGCUACGUGUGUUACCACGUCGAAGCAGCCUGCUCCUGUUCAUUUUCCUGGAAAUGUUAGGAUCACAGCGUCCCCAGACCAAAGGCAGCCUGUUCAUUUUGUGUACCGCCUUCCUCCUCCAGACGUUGUAGGUGUGGUCCUUGCCCAGGUUGCUUCAGCUUAAAAGAUUCCUCCUUAAGCCUAUGGUUAAGAAAAGCCUUGACAUUUAUUAAACCUUAGUUAAGAAAACCCAAUGCUUCUAAUUUUGACUUAGUUUCAUACAAUAAAGUCUAUAUGAAAUGUGCAUUCUGAAAAA